GCCUUUGAAUUUGCUCGGAUUUCAUCCCUUGCCACCCGAACAAUUGACCCUACAGAAACCUCAUCAUCAGAACCUCAAUCUCAGCCAACAACACAACAGGGUUUCUGUAUUCUUCACAUAUAUAAUUAAUCAUGGAAUUUGGUGGUAACAACAGGCAGAAGAAGUCCUCCUUCUCCCUGCUGGCCAGUCUUUUCAAGCGCCGGAGGCAUCAUAGAGGGGACAAUUCCCGGAAGGAGGAGGAGGUGGUGAGAGUGCAUCGUUGCGAGGAAGAUAACGGUCCUUUUGGGGUUGCAGACCCUGCAAUUAACGAGAAAGCUUCAGCCUACAUCGACGAAUUCCAUGCAAAAUCUCACGCGCCCUCCGAAUUACUCAGGGAUCAGGUUGAUGCUGAAAAGGCCUCAACUUUGUUAAAAUUAGUGAAGUAAUUUUCUAGAAGGGUCAUUGUUCAUGAAUGGCUUUUCAUCUUUUAGUUAGCUUAUCCACACAUUUAGUAGUCAUGUACCUAGAGUCUCUAGUUCGUGUGUUGUCCUUACUAUGUACCUAGUUUGGUGUAUUAGGGGGAUGAAUCUUUUUCUUCUGGAGUCCUAUAUAUACCCAUGUACUCUUCAGUUGAAAGUAUUCAAGUAAUAGAAGAAAUUCAGAGUCAUACAAGUUCUGUUCCAUUUUAGACUUUUUUGGAGUUCUUUGGUUUGCUUUUCUUCACCAAGGUUGCUGAUCUUGGGUUUGUGUGGCUUUGGUUGCACUAAGAAUUAAUUACAAACUUAACCUCAUCAUCAUCAUCAUCAUCAUUUCAUUCAUUUCUGCAUGCAGCCACCUGCAUCUACAUGCUCUCUCAUUACUACUCUCUGCCUUGUAUUUCUCUAUGGUAUACUUCUUAAUUUGUGCUAAUAGUAAUUCAUAGUUGUUUAUAAUGGUCUGAAACAAUGUAAUGAAUAACAAAUCAAUAU